AAAGUGAUCGUUAGUCUUGCUGAACAGCAGACGCUCUUUUAAAAAAGGUAGAAGCAGAAGUGCAAAUCGAAUGCCUCCUUUUCCCCCUUGUCUUCCACGCAUGCGCACAAGUGGCAUAACCUCGGAUGUACUUCGUUUUAGUGCCGUUGUUACUAACUGAGGGUAAAUCAAAACGUUAGCGGGUUGCGCUGAAACGUUCAUUUAGAAAUAAAAAAAAGAAUAAUUAUAACACAUUCAAAGCACAAAGCUGGUUCUGUGGCGGGGGUCUGACUAAGAUAAUCUGCACCGUUAACUUUCGCACCAGCCAGAGCUCACUGUGCCUGGACUAUCGCUGUGAAAGAUGAGUGGCAAAUCAGAUCCCAACAAAGAGUUUAUGGAGCAGCUGCGGCUGCAAGAGCUCUAUGAUCAGAGAAAUGAAGAUGGCUCAGACCCAUACACCUACACCGAUCCAGAGGAUGGGACUGUGUAUGACUGGGAUCAUGAAAAGAAGGCCUGGUUUCCCAAAAUAACAGAGGACUUCAUGGCAGCCUACCAGGCCAACUAUGGCUUCACUGAGAAAUCGGCUCCGGAUGGAAAGAACGCUUCCCUGACCAGCACCAACCCAGCAGCACCCGGGUCUGACAGCAAACCACCACAAAAACCAACAGAAAAGGAGAAACCAGAAGAUCCCGGCCCAAACUCGGCCUCAGAGCAGCAUGAGACGCCAGGCAAAGAAACCAAACAGAAAGGGGAGAAGAGGAAAGCUGAGCAAGGAUGGUUUGAUAUUGAUGAAAAUAAAAACACGAAUGUCUACGUGUCAGGCCUGCCUCCUGACAUCAGCUCCGAGGAGUUUGCAGAGCUGAUGUCAAAGUGUGGGAUUGUAAUGAGGGACCCCAUCACCGAAGAGUACAAAGUCAAACUUUACAAAGACAAAGAAGGAAAUCUGAAGGGAGAUGGUCUUUGCUGCUAUCUAAAGAAGGAGUCUGUGGAUCUGGCUAUACGCCUGAUUGAUGAGUCAGAGGUCCGAGGUUAUAAACUGCAUGUGGAAGCAGCACGGUUUGAGCUGAAGGGGCAGUAUGACGCCAGCAAAAAGAAGAAGAAAAGCAAAGAUUAUAAGAAGAAGCUACAGCAGCAGCAGAAACAGUUGGAUUGGAGGCCAGAGAAAAAAGGAGACGCGAGGAAGAGGCAUGAAAAAGUUGUCAUCAUCAGGAAUAUGUUCCAUCCCAGUGACUUUGAGGAGGACCCACUGGUGCUGAAUGAGUAUCGUGAGGAUCUGCGGAGUGAGUGUGAGAAGUUUGGGGAAGUUAAGAAGGUCAUCCUCUUUGAUAGACACCCGGACGGCGUGGCAUCAGUUGCUUUUAAGGAGCCUGAGGAAGCUGAUGCGUGUAUUCUGUCGUUCAACGGGCGCUGGUUUGGAGGAAGGCAGCUAUCUGCUCAGCUUUGGGAUGGAACGACAGACUAUCAGGUAGAAGAGACGACACGCGAGCGAGAGGAGCGGCUGAAGGGUUGGUCACAGUUUUUGGAGGGUGGAGAAGGAGAACAGCAGAAGGACUCCAAGCCUGCAGAGAGCAGCACAGCGACAGAACCUAGCGAGCCCUCCAGCACCACUGAGCCAGAGCAGCAACCCAAAUCAGAACCGCAGUCCUCAGAGGAGCAACAGGAGGAGGAAGUGGACUCCACUGACAGCAGCCUAGCAGGAAGUGAGGAUGAGGAAGCUUAGAUACUCUCAUCCUCCUUUUAUGGCCCUGUGUCAACCAACUAGGAUGUCCUGCUUAAAGUGAACUUUGGGAAAACUUCCUGUUGAGAAAGGGAGGAGGAAUUUGGACAGUUUAAGCUGUUUUGUAAUGUAGAAAAUAAAACUAAUUUUCUCUAA